AUGAAACCUUGGGCCCAUCAGCCGAAAAAAAAUGCGCCCCGACAGCCAGCCGAUACGCAAAAUAAACAACAGGUGAAGCCAAAGCACAGUCAGUCUUUGAAAGCCUCGGGCGAACACACUGUCACACCCAACAAAGCAGGACCAUCAACACCGACCACUGCAAGAGCCGAGUAUCUACGACAACCAACCGAGACUGGCAGUUUUGAUCUGUAUAACACUCUAUCUAAUCGAACGUACAGUCGACAACAUGUCAAGCAAACGCCCUCUUACUCCCUAGCUGGCCCAGGUAUGAUGGAUGCUCAACAACAACAAGGAACUACCUACAUCGAUCCUGAAUACCAGGGAAUGAACCCGCGAUAUGGAAAAAACAACGAAAAGCCGAUAUGGGGUCUUGCAAAGCCUCUUCCAAGGGUCGUCAGACCGGGAAUGCGCCGCGACGAAACCAACGCCCAAAACGCAUAUCAGCCCAGGCCGGCGGGAGAGGCAGAGCCUGCACCAGAGCUUGGAGCGACACCUGGCCUGGCAUCUACUCAAUCUGUUAAUGAUCAAAAAAACAUGCAAGAUCAACCAACGUACGCUACUGCUGCAAAGCAGGGGUUGCCUGGAGAAAAGAGAGUCUAUGCACCCCAGCCCGAUGGCCUUCUUCGUCCGAUUGAAUCGGAAGUCAAUAGCAAUGCGCUGCCUCCUAAUACGGACCGUGAGAAAGUGAAUAUGGAAAAACAACAACAACCAGAAGAUGAAUUUCUGAAUAGCUGGGUGAAAAUUCGUCACCAAAUAAAAGAGCCGCUGGCAGAAUGGCUUGCAACUACCAUCGCUGUCUUCAUAGGUUUAACCGGUACACUUGCAGUCUCAACCGGCGGAACACAAGCAGGAAAUCGGCUAUCACAGAACUGGUCAUGGGGCCUAGGAUCCAUGAUUGGUAUCUAUAUAGCCGGUGGCAUAUCUGGAGCGCACCUCAACCCUGGGAUCUCCAUCGCCCUUUGGAUAUUCCGUGGAUUUCCAGGUCGACGGUGCUGCUUCUAUAUUAUUGCCCAGGUUCUUGGCGCUAUAACUGCAGCUGGAUUAGCAUAUUGCUUGUAUCGAGACGACAUCAUUGCUUUUGCUCCUACUGCCUCUGCUGGCACCACUGGCCUCGGAUUCUACACAGAGCCACUCAGUCAUAUUAGCUCCGCCACGGCAUUUUUCACGGAAUUCGUCGCUGACGCUAUCCUUCUUUGUGUGCUUUUUGCUCUUGGUGAUGACGGAAAUGCCCCGCCAGGCGCGGGUAUGCAUUCUUUCAUCAUUGGAUUGGUCAUCUACGUUCUUUGUAUUUGUUUGGGGUUUAAUACUGGAGGAUGUCUGAACCCUGUGCGUGAUUUCGGACCCCGUCUCGUUGCUCUUAUGGCUGGUUAUGGAGGCACUACUUUUACAGACCACCAAGGCUGGUGGUUUUGGGGGUGUUGGAUGGCGACUAUCGGAGGCUGUCUGGCGGGUGCCUGUCUCUAUGACAUCUUCGUAUUUAUUGGAGGAGAGUCCCCCAUUAAUUAUGCACCACGACGCCGAAUGAGAGCAAAGCUUAAAAAGGAAGUUAAAUGGAGGAAGCGACUGGGUCUCCAUAAGGAUAAAGUCCCAUCGUUAGAGGAGGGCAUUAAGAACCUGGAGGAUUAG